AUGGACUUGUCCUAUGCUCGUGUGGCGCAGACUUCGAUCUCGCAGACGGCCAUUCGAUCCAUUCGAUUCGUGACUCGCCGUGACACGAAGCCGAAGCCCGUGACAGGUCCUCGGAUUUCAUCGCGGCAGACUUCUAUCAUCAUCCUUGGGAACCCUUGGAACCCUAGAAAUUGGUCAGGUUUUCCACACUACCAUAAGAACAUAAACAUGACCCACCAUGACCCAACGGGUGAACGGGGUGAGGAACCGGGUGAGGUUUGGUUGGCCAACCUUUGCCCUGUAGCGGUGAGUCAGGUGCUCGACUUCACCCUGAAGAAACGUGGCGUCCCCGAAGGCCCCAGCGAUCGGCGACCGGAUCGACCGGAUAGACCCCGACGAAAGCGAAAAAAUGACACCCCUGACUUUGCGGAUCAGUGGUUUGACCAACGAAGGGAAGAGUGGGAUGCUUUCUUUGAAGAGUUCAAGGAGAGUACCUCCCGCAUGUUCAAGACCGAUGACAAGGCUUCAAAUGACGAAUUGUGA